AUGGAGCUGUCGGGGAGGGCAAUACAACAUGUCAUUCAUCCGACGGCCGCAUGCUCGUCAACCGACGAUUUCGAUCCGCAGGAGCCGCCUUCGACACCAUCUUCGACCACAUCGUGGGACGAGUCUUUGCUGAACCCAAAGAAUAGGAUUGAUAGUCUUGAGCUCCCCAGGUAUCCCUUGUUUCGAGUCGACGGUUGUACUGGCCUUGGCACUCAGUUCUAUAUCGUGCCACUCUUCUUCCCUGCUGUGCCCCCGGUGCGAGCCGAUGUAUUCAUCCCUGAGACUCAACCCGCCAUUUUACGCGAACAACUAGAUCUGGAUGUGGCCUUUCACACCAAAGACGCGGCUCGACUCUCUCAUCUAGGUAUUUCUAGAUACGUCGUUCGAGCUCUGCACUACUGGGUCAAGGCGGAGUUCGAGGACCUCGCUGCAUUUGAAAAAUACUACAGGACCAUCCCUUUCGGAUCACGUCUCGUUAUUGAUAACCUGUCGUUCGACAUGCAAAAAUCCACAAUCAGGGUCUUCACGAACCACAAUCUGGAACGUCAGCUACUGUCUUUGACUGCAUUGACGCAGCUUUGGGGCGCUGACUUCCCAUUCCCUCAAGCUAUCGACUUUUACGAGGUCGAGGUUAUCAAGAUUCUUCAUGAUAGCGUCUGUCUCGCACGGAUACGUGGAGAUCUUUUCAUCUUCAAAGCGUUGACAAGCGGAGCCAAGUACUUGUAUCAUGAACUGAAAACGCUCUGCACGCUGGGCUCCCACCCCAACGUCAUUGCCCGGCCGAUUCAUGUCGUGACGAAAAUGUGCAGUUUCGGGGGCAAGAGAGCCGUCACUGGUUUCACCACGUUUUUCCACCCCAACGGUAGCUUACGAGACAUUUUGCCACUGCUACGUAUUCAUAAUCAGCUUGAACGAGCACAGCAGUUCAAGUGGGCCAUUCAAUUGACUGCGGCCCUGGAGCACCUGCGUUUUACUUCUCGGACAUAUUAUCCUGACCUACGCCUCGACAACAUUGUACUGUCUGAAUCAUGGGAGAUCGUGAUGGUGGACUUUGAGCAGAGAGGCGUCUGGUGCGAGUUUGCAGCUCCGGAGGUGAACGCGCUCGAGUACAUCUACCUUGUCGCAACAGAAGAGGAUGCCGACCCAGAGAUACGUGAGAGAUACACCGACAUUCUGAAACAGUUCGUGCCCAAUUUUGAGGCACUCGAGAAGAUGGAAUACACCAACCCGCCCGACGGAUACAACGUACCCUGGCUGGCGCUCAGUUGUGAGGAACAGGAAGCUGCGGAAGUCUACAUGCUAGGCAGGGUUUUGUGGUGCAUAUUUGAAGGAGUAAGUGGGCCCCAGCGAGCGGCUGUAUGGCAAUCGUAUCCCUGGGAAUCGCAUCUGGAAUUCCCGCAGUUUUCUAGAACCCCUCCUGAGAUGCGAGGCUUGAUCGAGCGUUGCACACAUGGGAGGCGAGAUACCCUCAGCAGCAUAGUUACCAGAUCUGGAAGCCGUCUUGUUAUCAAAGGCCUUGAUCCGCAGACCUAUGGGCCCAGAGAAGUCCGUGAGGCAGCACAAAACUUCUGGGAGAAGGAGUUGGAGGCUGCCCGAGAGUUCCUAGCCAUGCGAGCAGAGCGCAAGCAGCAAGGGACAUGGGAAGGAAAUCACUAUGGACGUCCAAGCCUAAAGGACGUAUUGGCUGAGUUAAAGAAGUAUCAGGGACUGACGUCGCGGGACACAUGA